AUGAGUGCGUAUGGCAGCAUCAACGGUAGCUUCCUGGAAAGCCUCCUGAACCUGCAGAUUGAAGACGAAUCAACCAGUUAUGCCAACAGAGAUUCUGUUCAGGGGUGGAAGCUAGCCGCUACGUCAGGGGGUUGGCUUGACGAAAAAUCGGCCCCUUAUCAGCAGCCCCGUGCCUGGGAUGUGGGCAGGAAGGCAACGCGACCAACAAGAGUGUCAAUCGCUCCGGACGUGCCCAAUGGUGGGCCAGUGGCAACAAGGGGUUCGUCGGAGGAAAAGAUGCGGGGAAGUAGGAGCCCUACUCCUACAUACGUUAGGCGCAGCCCCAGGUCAGGCCUUGGGGGGGUAAAUGGCCCCCUAUCGAUGUCCACUGGUAGUUAUUUUGGUGAGUACGGCAACUUAGAUGAAUUCGCUUGCACGAAUACGACCGCAGAGUUCCCUGCAAAGACGCUUGACCGAUAUUCUGUGGAAUUCAAAGAGGGGUGGCUAAACAAUAGCGCCAUGUUUGGUUCAUUGUUGCAGGAUGACGAUCGGGCUCCUUCUCCAACAGUUGUCGCCCAGGAGGUGGAUAAUGGUGCUUGGGCCACUCAACUAGUGAGAAGUGAUCGUAACGGCACAAAAACCAGAAACCAAAAUGUUCCUGGUCGACGCAAUGACUCGCGCACUUCAAACGAAACUGGUCCUCCGGUGAAUUCAUCGGUGGUUCCAGUAGGGCGUUCGACACUCGCGGUGAAGUUUGUCGGCCUGGUGGAAACGCGCCCAACACCCCCAAUGAAUAUUUCAGACACGCCAGUAGCAUCUUCGGAGUCACCAUUGAGGCGUCGGCGUUCGCCAGCAAGGUCAUCGAAGACGCCAGUAGCGCUACUGGAUCCCCCAGGGAAUAUUUCAGACACGCCAGUAGCAUCUUCGGAGUCACCAUUGAGGCGUCAGCGUUCGCCAACAAGACCAUCGAAGACAAAGAAGACGCCAGUAGCGCCACUGGAUCCCCCGGUGAAUAUUUCAGAGAUGCCAACGAAGCGUGUGCAUCCACCUAAAGGGAGUUUGGGCCCAUCUGGAACGCGUUCGAAUGUGACAGACAAGCCUUCUACUACUACACUGGGGACUCCGGAGGCGCCAGUGAAGCCUUUGGGAGCAUCAUUAGGCUCUUCAAGGCGAUCGGCGCCAGGUUUGGAACAGCCAGCCAAGCAGAACUCUGUGCCACUGGAACGUGUGCGUUUCUCUUUUGUCUCGGAAUUGGAAUCACCAGGUUCAGAUGCAAUUAUGUUGAAUGCGUUUCCUCCAACAGAAAGGCUUGACCAUUCAGCGAAGCAGGAGGCACACGGCGGUGAACAUAGCCAUCAAGUGAGUUUUCAAAAGCGGCGAAUGCGCCGCUAUGCCAUUCGGGAGGAGGGUAAAGAGAACGAUGACUUUCGUAUUAAAACUGUUGCAGUUGUCCAUUCGCGUGAUGCACGGGAUGACUCAGGGGCGGAGUUGCCAUCAUUUACCCUCACUGAUGAGAGUGGGGGUGGCAUGGUCAGUGUGGUCCGUCACGAGGAGCUCCGUGACGGUUGUUUAGUUGAGCUUAAAACUGACUAUGACCUUGACGAGGUGCUUCGCUCCACGAAUGUGAGGAGCUCGUUAGCACUCGCCUCUCUCCUAAACCGUGCGCACUGUGGCCAGCGAGGAUUCCUCCUUAUCACUUACGCUACAGGCUGCCGUUCAAGGGCUGUGAAAUUGAGCCGCAAAUUCCUCAAGGGUCUGGUGAAACGCUUCAAAAGUGGUGCAGUGGAUGAUGGAACCAAGUGUGACAUGUGGCUCUCGGUAGCUGCAGUGAUUGACCCCCACACCGCUGUAGACCUCUUGAGAAGUACGAACGAAGUGCAGGUAGUUGCUCUUAGAAACGGCUUUGUGGGAUGCUGUGGCCCGUGCCUCAUGGGCAUGAAUUGGGCGGAUGUGGCCACAGUGGACUGCGUUGGCGAAGUCUCAAACAUAAUAAAGCGGUGGCAGCACUAUCAUCCGGAUAGCAUGGUUGUCGGAACGCUCCUUGUGAAAGAGUACGCGCCUCCUCCUCCUGGAGAAAUGGAAGUGCCUGAGUUGAUUCUUACAGUCUUCACCUUCGCUUUGACAGCAGACCCCAAGGGUUUUCAGAACCUUCGUAAGUCAAAGGCCUCACCUCUGCGCUUUUUCUUCACCGAUGCAUUGGGUGGCGCCGGUGUGACGACACACGUGACAUGCAUUAUGGAGGGGGACAGGAAGUCGGAUAUUUUCUUUGAGAACGCUCUGAAACUCCGGCAAAUUGUCAACCGCCCUCCAAUCCUAUACGACGCGAGGGAGCAUUACAACAUCGCACAGGAAUUUCUGCAAGAUGCGGUGACGAAGUUUGGGGAGUCGCGGGUGCGUGAGGAGACCAUCGUGGUAGUGAAGGGUGUGCUCAGGGACGCGAAGUGGCUGCUAUCCCACCCGGACGCCGUGCCACUGAAACGCCUCCAGUGUGUGCUCACCCUGCCUCUCUUGACGAGAAGCCCCCUGGAGGAGCUAAGUGCGCUGGCGGCAGGCGGCAACAGCGUCAAGAAGUUGCGCCCAGCAAGUCGGGAUGGCAACGGGGGAAUGGUGCAGGAGAAGGCUGGCACUAAGGACGCACACGGCACCUUCCUUCCCAUCUUAGUGCCUUCUCAGAGAGUUCCAGUGCCUAUACCGUCGCAGAAGAAGUCUAUCCUAGCUGAACCACGAUUCUUGCCAGGUGUGUCGUAA